AUGGGCAAAGGCAGGAGAGAUCCCAGGCGACUGGCAGCACUCUUAGCCAUCGUGGGCUGUUUUCUACUAGCCGCCGGCUCCUUGGGAAUCUUCCGCCCCGUGAUUGGCAACAGGGACAGGCCUAGCAAAAAGUGGUUCUCUCUGCUCUUGCUGUCCCUCGGCUUGUCAUCCAUCUUCGGUGCUUUCGCACAAGUCUUCCUGCAUGAGCGGAGUGACCGAAUCCAUGGCCAGAGGCCAGAGGCCUUGCCAAGUUUUCUGUGGGCAGUCUGCAAAUACAAGGACCUGGCAGCAGAUGUAUCCAGGUUCUGCAAUGUUUACGUCCGACCUGGUCAAAUUCUCGUCGAGGGGAACCCUAUCUCUGAAAUGCCGGUGACGAAGGUCCUGCAGAGCAAGACCUGUGUGUGCUGCUUGACGGAUUUCCGGCCCUCCAGUCAGGUAGCAGUUCUUCGCUGCGGGCACGUCUUCCACAGGGAUUGUAUACUGCUUCGGGUCCGAUCCGUUUCAACAACUACGCGCUCCUGCCCAAUUUGUCCCAGUAGCUCUGAGUUGCCUUUGUCUUGA